GGCAUAAAAGACUCCAGUUCAUUUGCAGUCUGGAAAAAAACUUUACUUCAAAAUGACACCCAAAUUGUUCUGGCUCCUCUGCUUUGUCACUAGAUCCUGUGCCAGCUCAGUGGCCGGAUCUCUGCCCUGUGCUGAGAAAUCCAGUCAGACCCUCAGCAAAGAUGCUCAUGGUUCAGCAGCUGCUGCGCUUGGCCAAGUCAAAGCACCAGCCUGGGGCUCUGCCGGCGCUGGGGAGAAUCAUACACAGCGCUGCCUUCUGCCUCCUGCCUCUCUGCCACGGCCUCCCGAGGUCAUCUCCCUCUCCUCAGACAAAAAGAAACGCACCAAGUCCUCUCUAGAAAACAGCACAGGGCUGAGGAAACCCCUCUUGCAGUAUGGAGGGGCCCUGUCUCUGGAGAGCCUGACUGAAGGGCCCUUCCCUGCCGCCUCGGACCUGAACCACGCCAACAGAAAGCUGUGGGGCAGGCGGGCGGCUGAGGCUGCCAACAGCCUGUCAGCUCUCUUCCACCACCCAGCAGCUUCCCAUCGCAAGGCCACAGCCUUGGGGGAGGCUCAGCCUUUUCCAGACCCUGGAACAGCAGAAUCAGAAGAUCCCAACAUGCUGGAUCACUUCAACCGACCAGGCAAGAUAAUUCCCUAUAAACAUACUGAUCUGUUUAAAAGGAUCACCAAGCCCUCCUGGGUCACCAACCGCCAGGCAGCCAGCCUGCUGUACCACAUCAGCCUGCUGAGGAAAGAUGCUGAUAAGGAGAAGGCAUGUCUGACUGAGUGCAGGAGAGAGAGGGAUGAAGUGGAGGCCUACUGCACCAGUGAAUUUGCAGUGAACGGGAUUGUCCAUAACCUGGAAAGCCUGGGGAACGGCGUCCGCUUCGUUACGCUUCUGGUAGACAGCAAUGGAUUAUACAGGAUGAGUCGUCUGUACAUCACUCCUGAUGGCUUCUUCUUUCGAGUUCACCUUCUGGUUGUGGAUACUUUAAACUGCAGUAAACCCUGUCCAGAUUUUAAACUUGGCAGCAGAUACAUCGUGAUGGGCCAGAUCUACCACAAGAGACGACAGAUCCCUCCCGACCUGCUGCGGGUCCUGCGAGGCCGCCUGAGGCCAGGGGACGGUUUGCUCCGCAGCAGCAGCAGCUACGUCAAGAGAUUCAACAGGAAAAGGAAUCACAAAGUGCAGGUGGCUCACACUAAAUGUAGCUGAGGCUUCUGGACACUGGCAGCAGAAUUCAUCAACCAGAGGCAACCUGGUCAGGGAUUAGCAGCAGCGGGCAGCAGUUCUCAGCUCUGCACCUGGCUGUGAAGGACACUCACUUCUGUGCUUUAGCAAACACUAACUGCAUGUCUGCACUGGGAACUGAUACCUUGUGAAGCUGAGCACAAGAGUCAGUCCAGGGAACACGAACUGGUCAUCAGUUUGCUCCGUCUGCUUUCAGAGCCUCGGGUUAUUCUGUGUCCCCUGCUGUAACCCACCCUCAACCAUCUGCAGUCACUGCCAUGGGAGACCCUGGAGGCUUUGCUUGAGGUACAAAGAGGUAACUGCACUUUGAAACCCUUCACCUUGAGAAAUGUUAGCUGAUGCCAUAGCUGUCUGGAGAGGAUGUCUGUUAUGUUUUCACAUGAUUCUGCCUAGAACAGGACAGGCAUUUGAUUCAGAAGAAAUCAACACAACUCAGUAUCACGUGUAUUGUUUCAGUAUCCUCAGACACGUUCACAUGCCUUUGAAAAAAUGGCCUCAUUCUUCUCACAGAGCUGAGGCUUCACACAAAGUACCCAAACCAGCCAUGUAAUUAUCAGAGGAUAUGAAAACACCAGCUGAGAGCAAAUCAAGUAACUGCACAACACAAAUGCCCAAUUAGGUUCACAAACAACGGCGCGAGUCCCUGCCAAGGAAUGCUCGGUAAGCGCACGAUGGCACGUCGUGUGUGCCUGGUGACACUGUCAGUUCCUUCAGCCUUCACUCCUUGACCUGCCUACUGAAUGUCCUUUUCCCAUGAGAAAUAUUCCCAAGGUAGUACUUGCACAUCAGUAAAGUUGCUUUUUGAAUCAAAGACACAAUCUUUUAGUACUUUUGAUGUGGUGGGAUGUGAGAAACUCUGCAACUGCUGUGAGUCACUAGUCACAAAUCUGCAUCUUUAAAAGAAACUCAUAAAUUGUUCAUGGGAGUCUGGGUUCACCAUGUCCUGGGCUCUGGAAGAUCCAAAAAAGCUAUGUAAUGAUGUGAAACAAAGGCAUCCCCUUGUUUGACAAAUGAGCUGUGGAUUUGAAGAUACAUAUUAAAACCUGGGAACACACAGUCUAGCUUAUAACUGUAUCUACAGAGUGAGAGGUAGGAUGUGACCUGGCACAGGAAGCAGCAGCCUCUAUCUGCACCUUCUAUUGUGAAGCAGAGCUGAUUCUAACCCAGUUAUACCAAUCACACACGUCUGCAGCUUCAGGUAGUGUCACUGCAAAGCUGCAGAGCGGUGGAUGGGCGCCAGGUCACACUGCAGGAAGUUUGUCUUGGUACGGAAUAGGAGCUGAACAACGAGCACAUGACGUAUUUUGGGACUCAAAAGGCUGUUACUAUAGGAUAGAAAUGUACUAGUAGCUUGUGUCCACCUGAAAAAUACACCAUCUUGGUUGUUUCAUGUGAAGGAUUUUGCGUGGAACACAGCAUAGAGAUGGAACUUCCCUGAGGGACUGAGGGGGCUUUUGACUUGGCAGAGGGACCAUUCCUGGCAAUGAAUCAAAGCACUGCAGUGGACUGGGAGGGAUGGGAUGAGGAAGGACGAAGGGUUACGUGUGCAGCUCAAGUUUCUUUGCUUCUAUUUUCAACUGAAGUCCUGGGACUAACCAGUGAGUCCUGCAGCCAUCCAUGUGCCCAGAACAGCAAUGAAGCCCCUUCCCCACCCCCAUGGCAUUAUCCUAAUCCAAAACAGGCAAAGUGUGGGCACAAAAAUCACAUCACAGCUCUGCCCCAGUUUGUCUCUUGGAAGAGACAAAUAGUAUCCCAGUGCUAAUAACUUCCAGAGCCCUAGUAAAUGCCAACAACUGUGAAUGCCUGCACCACUCUUCCCGAACCAGCCCUGCUCUAGAAACAAGCCCAGGGAGCAGUUUGCUCUGUUCUUUUUUUGCCUCACACCGUCCUUACUUGCUUCGAAGGUCACUCCUUAAAACUUUGUCACAACACAGUUGAGCAACAAGCCACUGUAUUUCACAGCCCAACUGAAGUGCAGCUGUAGGAGCAGCAUGAUAAGCUUGCUUACCUGAUGCCAGUCUUACGCCAUACUGAGGAAAACAAAUCCAGGACCAAGUGCAUUUCCAGAGUCCUGCACUCACAACCACCUCACAGCAUCGCCACACCAGUGAUGGUGGCACUUCCAUGCAACAGUUGCCAGGAUAAUUCUGGCAUCCAGUAGUAAAUCAUUUUCCUUCAGCAUGAUAAGCAUGACAGUUCUGCAGCCAACACCCAGAAAUCCAGGCAUACAGGCAGGGUGUUGUCUUCCUCUUUCCAGGGAAGUUUACUCCGGGCCUUUGGGUAAGCCCAGCUUUUUAGUCUACUUCAAACCCCCAUUAACUUUUGCAUGAACUAAAUCUAGACCAAGGAUAAUUGGCUUCAAAUUGCUUUGAAGAGACAAAAAGGCAAUGAAGCUGGUAUCACUCACCUUAACACCUAUGAUAAAAUACAUGACCAUUUUGAAAGAGAUUUUGCAGUCCUUUACAAAAAUACAAAGAGGAGGAUGACUGAACAGAGAUCACAAACCUCAUGAACUUGUCAUGGUUUCAAGGCAGCUGGGUAUUAAUUCUGAGUGACAUCACUUAACUGUAGACCACCGCUAAUAAAUGGGAGAAAAUUACCUCAACCUACUCAAUAGCAACUGAAAACACAAAAAAAGGCUCUUGGCACAAUUACAUGGUUAUGUGUGGAUUAUUUCCACCCAACCUGAUUCACUGGCAGUUCCACGUAACCUGGCAGAGGCAAGACCUACACACGAUAACGUCAUCACAUGUUUCAUUAGAAACACCACCAAACCAAUGUCAAACACGUUACUUUAUUUGUCUAGGAUGAUGUGUCCCAUAAGGUACAAAAAAAGGUACUCUUCAGUUUGCCACAACUGGUUAAAAACAUUGCCAUCUAUUGCCUACAAGUAGGAAAGGUUUAAACCAUGUCAUAGAUAUAUUGAUAUGAAUAAAUAGUACAGCAAUACCGUCGGGUUUUGAGGAGAUGCAGGAUAUGUUCAGAUGCUGUUGAGUGGAGAUUCUUCCUUGUUGCAUUAAGAACACAAUGCAUACAAUGUGCAGCAUUUUUUAAACGUCAAAGGACAACAUAACCUAAGUGCAACUACUCUUCUUUAACUCUCAGAGGCAUAAGUGGAUUAUGGUUUUCACAUUGAACAAUUACUUCUGACUUUUCACAUCUAGGUUAAAUGACAACAUUUGUAUGUACAAAACCCCACGGGUUUUUAUUGGAUAAAAUCACCCCAGAAGAAGCUGUACACCUGAGCCUGGAAGUGUAAGAAAGAGUGGUCAGUAGCAACAUCUUUAAGAAAAAUACCAGAACAAGUUCUUGCAUAGCAAGGUGUGAGGGUAAACCCAAAAGGAGCUUAUCCAUAAGUCAGGUAAAUCCCGGGUUGCUGCGCAGCGGCAGGGAACGGUGAGUUAGUGCAAAAGCUGCUCGGGGGCUUGGAGCCGUGUACAAACAGAGAGGGAAACAGCACGUUGGUUACACACCCCACGGAAAAGCUCCCGGUGGGAAACAGCAACAGCAUCGACAACGUGCGUCCUGUUGUGGCUCCAGGCAGCAGCCCCCCCAGGGCAGAGCUUCACACCCCUACAGCAAAAUCCCCCUUAAUUCAGCGGGUGGGCAGUGACAUUUCACAAAAUACUUCCUACCACCUUAUCCAUUACAGUCAUUUUGGCACCACUGGAGAAACCUUAUCUAAAGGGACAGCAGGUGCUUGGGAACGGAACGCAGCGAAGGCCGCCCGGCCGCUCCCCCCCAGCGCCUCACCGACACACUCAGACACACCCACGUGUGUGGGGAGAACAAGGAUCUCCAUUUAUUUUGUUUCAUAUACAUCCAUAUUUUGAAUUUUAAUACAAAAGAAAAAAAAAAUUAGAAUCUGACAAAUGUUUACAAACAAGAUACCUUCAAAUAGAUUCUCCUCAGGUCAGUCUGGUGCAGAGUAAAUGACAAACUGUACUGUUAUGUUCAAGGCAACAGAGUCUGGAGUCCGUGACUGCUCAGCCCAACUUCUUCUGCAAGCUUAAUUGGUUUUGAUCUACCAUGAAUGAUAAACUCCUUGUUGAUUCCCAGUCCUGUGUGUGUGCACAUGUGUACAUAGCAGCUCCUUUCAUAGAAAGAAAAGACAUCUAGAGGUCUUCUUGUACUUUUACCUACAGGAAUCAUGUUAAGAUACAGAAUGGAUUACAUGGAACCAGGGCUGGAUUUUAUAAGAAAAAAUAAUUAGCUGACAAAUGAGGGCAGCGAUAAAAAAGCGUCUUUUUUGCAACAAUAAAUAAAUACAGUCAAAGUUUUCUGUGUGGACUUUAAACCAGCUUCUUCACUGAAGAACAGACGUGGCAUUUCCAUGGAGUUAAACGUGACCCCAUUUACUGUAUCUCUUUUCUUGCUCUCUUUCUCUCUCUCCUUCAACAAAACAAAGUUUUCCUGCUUCUGCCACAAUAGUACAACAAUUUGAUCUUGACAAGAAAGUGGUGCUGCUGAUUUUUAUUUCUUUGUCCUUUGGACAAAAUAAGCCAAGAAUAUAAUUUGACUGUUGUGACCAAUAAAAAGGCAGUUUACAUCGAGUCUCGUCAGGAGAACCUGACUAAAAACAUCUGGCUUCUUAAUUAAAAAGGCUUUCAGACAACCAGAUUCUUGCUGUGUGUGUUAGGUUAACACGCUGAACUC